AUGGUUAGCCUGGACAAUGCUGGGGAAGGAUUGGGAGAGAUGCUGGUCAGUGCAAAGAUGAAGGAGAUGGUCCUCACGGACAUGGUUGAGGGAGAAGGGUGGAAGGGCAAGGGUAAGGCCCCUCUUCAGUCAGAGAUGCCUGUGACACUCAGGCAUAAGCUGUUGCUCACUGUCCAGGCAGCCAGCAGCUUGAACAACAACACCAGCACCCACACCACCCUGGAAGACUCAGAACCCCCCUCCCUGACCUCAAUCUAUUCCCAAGACAUCCCAGUGUGUCUUGGUCCCACCAAACACAAACAAGCUCUUGCUGAGGCUCCCCCUUGUCUCCCAGGCAAUGAGGAGGGGUAUGAGGAUCACAUCUCAGCAUUGACAUACAGCCUCCUCAAUGUCACCAAGAAUUGCGCACUCAAGGGUGAUCUUCCAGGCAUCCUCAAGAUGAUAGAGCUCAUCCACCUGGACUUUGAACACAAGGCCCUUGCCAGAACAUCGUCCUCCACCUCACCUCCCAUCAUUGAUGAAGAAAGGAUCAUUUGCCCACCUGAUCCCAAUCAAGGGCCUGUGCUCCUGUUAGGGCAACACAGGCUGACUAAGUCUGCUCACCUAAGAGUGCCAAGAGUCUAA